AUGUCCGGUCCUCCGACAGACGACCCCUCAAGCGUGGUCGACUUGAUCAGCCAGUCACCCCCUGUCGACUGCUCCAAGCCAUACGACACGUCCACGCUCGCCGGCAAGACCAUCCUCAUCACAGGCGGCGCGUCCGGCUUUGGCGCCGCGUUUGCCCGGCACUGGGCCCGCCACGGCGCCCACCUCGUCCUCGGCGACAUCAACGACCGCGCCGGCGAGGAGCUCGUCGCCGAGCUGCGCUCUUCCCCGUCCACCGCCCCGGACCAGGUCAUCUUCUACCAGCAUUGCGACGUCACCUCCUGGACUGACCAGCUCGCGCUCUUUCGGGCCGCCAUCGCCGCCUCCCCUAACCACACCAUCGACACCGUCGUCGCCGGCGCAGGCAUCAUCGAGAGAGGCAACCCGCUCGCCCCCUCAGCCACCUCUCCGGUGUUCGACCACCCCGCCAAUCUCGACGCCUCCCACCCACCCCCGCCGCCGCCCCCGCUCAAAGUCCUCGCCGUCAACCUCACCGGCGUCAUGUACACCACCCACCUGGCCCUCUACUACCUUUCUCUCAACCCUCCCCCCUCCACCACCACCACCACCAGCAGCAGCAGCAGCAGCACCCCACCCCGCGCCGCCCGAGACCGCCAUCUCCUCCUGAUCUCCUCCAUCGCCGGCCUGAUCCCCCUCCCCGGCCAGACGGAGUACACGGCGUCCAAGCACGCCGUGAUGGGUCUGUUCCGCGCCCUGCGCGCCACCCAGCAGUACAGCGGCAUCCGCGUCAACGCGCUGACGCCCUACUUCGUCGACACGCCGCUGCUGCCCGCCGCCGGGCUGGCGCUGCUGGCCGGCGCCGCGACGGCCGCGCUCGAGGACGUGGUCGAUGCCGCCACGCGGCUGGUCGCGGACGAGGGCAUCCGCGGCCGGGCGCUGCUGGUUGGGCCGAAGAUCAGGGUCGUGGAUUUGGUGGAUGGCGGGCGGCUGAGGGUCGUGGAGGGGGAGGCGAGGACCGAGGGCGAGCGGAGGCAGGCUGUGUGGGAGGUGUAUGGGCACGACUAUGAGCGGGUGGAGGUGUUUGUGUGGAGGUACCUGUGGGUGCUGAACCUGAUGCGGCGGCUGAGGGGGUGGGUUGGCUUCGUGAGGGACUUGUGUGGGAUAUUCGUUGGGCGGCGGGGGAGGAGGUAG